CCUUUUGAAACCGGAGAGGGCGAACUUUGACCAAUUGAGAAAAGGCCAAACAAAAGUGUCGCGUUGUCAGGUGGGGUUUCCGUUGGGCGGCUGGGUAUUCCUAAAAUUAGAUUGAAGGAGUUAGUUUAGGGACAUCUCUCAAACACCUAGCCUACAGACAGACAGUUUGGAGACACAAUUUCCGUCAGUGUCUGGACAGUUUUAUCGCUGCCAGAAAGGAACCAAAGCCAGGGACAACGGAGGUACUGUAACACACUUGUAUUAUGGUAAUCUAAAAGUGUUUUUCCCCACUCUGUUUUAUUAGGCUAAUCCUGUAUUAUUACUGUUAUUAUUAUUAUUAUAAUACAACUAGGCUACUUGGAAGAGUCCUUGGUAAGAUUAUUGAUUACAAUUAAAGGCAUAGUCUGUAAGAUUUCAAUCAAUGAAUACUUUGUGACUUUGAAGUAUAUCAUUUAUGAGAUUAGCGUUAUCAUCACCAAAAUAACCUGUUGAGGAGAUAAAUAAUUUUGGCUAUAGUUUGAAAUCAAGUUUUUAAAAAGUAAUUUUGCUCUAAAGAAAUGUCAUUGCACUACAGAUCGAAUCCAUGUCUCAAUUGUCUCAAGGCUUAAAAAUCCUUCUUUAACCUGACUCCUCCCCUUCAUCUACACUGAUUGAAGUGGAUUUAACAAGUGACAUCAAUAAGGGAUCAUAGCUUUCACCUGGAUGCACCUGGUCAGUCUAUGUCUAUGUUAAUGUUUAGUCCACUCGGUGUAUAACUCCAUGAGUCUGAAUUGUAGACUUGUAUUGUUCACAACUAUUUCCCUUCCUGAUGCUUCCACAAUAGGUGAGGUUUGAUAUGCUAAUGUCCACCACCACUCCCCUGAGGUAAAUUCCUCCAUAGUAGAUUGUAUUGCAUUGUGGUGUGGUGUGGUGUGGUAGGGCCAGCCUGGCCAGUCUGCUAUUGGUAUGUACUGUAGUAGUUCCCAGAGUGUAACCUAGCAGGGUGUGUCAUCAAUGCUGUAUAAUCAUCAGAUAGCAGUAAGGCCAUGUGUAGGUGCAAAAACAGUUGUCUGCUUAGAGACGUGCUCUGUUGAGCAGGUAGCAGGUGGAACAGAGUCAGUUCUGUGGACUAUCAACUAUUUCCAAUGCUACCAUAUAUUGUACAGGGAAUUGUAUUUUUAUUUUUAAUUUUUUUAGGGGGUAGAUCAGCUUUAAUAUUGCAGAUAGAUUGCAACUUCCAUCAAUGUAAUUGUCUGCAUCACUUCCAAUCCCCCAUGUUUUUUUUUCUCGCAAAUAUAUAUAUAUAUAUUACAUACAUAUACAUAUCCUUUAAAAAUAUAUAUUUCCCUUUAUUACUUUCCAACCCCACAACCCAUUCCCUAAUUGGAGUAAACAACAAUGCUUAGGCCUCUACUUCCAGCUUAUACAUACUAUAUACAUUUUAUGGACACAGUCAAUUUUACAAUAAUUCUAUUUUGUUUGUUUUUACUCCUGAACUUCCUCUACCCUCAACCUCUCCGAUCAUUUUCAUGAUGUCCAUCCGGUUUGCUUCUAUAUGCCAUAUCUUUCUAACUGUGCUAUUUCACAAAAGCUCUCAACUUAAACCUAUAUACUUAUUAUGGACACAGUACGCUUACAUUAUUAGUUAUCUUGUUGUUAUUAGUUGUUAUUAGUUGUUAUUAGUCCCAUCCAUCAGCUCCAUUCAACACCACCCAUCUAUCUCUUAACACCAUCCAUAUUGGAUUUCUAUUUGCCAUAUAUUUUUCAACUGUGAUGUUUUACAAAAGUUCUGAACCUUUCUAUUCUCAUUGUUUCUACAGAUUGUAAAUUGAAAAUAUUUUUUUUAUCUAAAAGUAUUAUUAUAUUAUUGAUCAAUUGACUAUGACUUUUCAGAUCACCCAGUAGUGCUAUCUGCAGGGUUAGCUCCAGGUAAAUAUUGCAAUCCUUUAGCCAUUCCUGGACCUGUGUCCAAAAACAAGCUACAAAUGGACAGUACCAAAACAAAUGAUCUAAUGAUUCUGUCUCUUCGCAGCAAAAUCUGCAGAGCUGGGAAGAUUGUAUCCCCCAUAUAAAUAACAUUAUAUUGGUAGCAAGAAUUGUAUAUAAUAAUUUAAAUUGAAAAAGUCUAAGUUUUGAAUCCGGCGUCGUUUUGCGUAUCAGUUCAUUAACACUAUGCCAUGGGAUCGGUACGUCAAAAAUAUCUUCCCAACUAUUUUGCAAUCUAUAUGGGACGGCUGUCAAUCCUUUGGUCCUUAAAUGUAUACUUUUUUAUUUAUCACAGUUUUCUUUAACCAAUUAUGUUCUUUAAUGCAAGGCCGACAGACAAGUUCCUUACUUUUUCCCCCUUCCACUUUCCUCUUCCAUUUUUGCGGUAAUGCUGUUAUUUGGUUGUAAGGGAAUUGUUACCUUUCUAUGGGAAUACUCAUAUUCCUAUUCACAGUUCUUAUGCACUGAACAGGUUUCACACUUCUGUUGUCUGCAGUGAGUGCUUGUAAUCAUUCUACAUGAACAAGAAGUUCCUGAGUGGCGCAGUGGUCUAAGGCACUGCAUCGCAGUGCUAACUGUGCCACUAGAGAUCCUGGUUCGAAUCCAGGCUCUGUAGCAGCCGGCCGCGACCGGGAGACUCAUGGGCGGCGCACAAUUGGCCCAGCGUCGUCCAGGGUAGGGGAGGGAAUGGCCGGCAGGGAUGUAGCUCAGUUGAUAGAGCAUGGCGUUUGCAACGCCAGGGUUGCGGGUUCGAUUCCCACGGGGGGCCAGUAUAAAAAAAAAUAAUGUAUUCACUAACUGUAAGUCGCUCUGGAUAAGAGCGUCUGCUAAAUGACUAAAAAUGUAAAUGUAAAUGUAUCAAACAAGACUAUUGGAACCAAGACAGUUUCUAUCCUGAUUCUAGUAUGAGUAUGUAGUUGACCUUUAUGGAUCGUGGUGGGAGGCCUACACGGCUCCUUUUAGAUCAGUAGUCUUUACUUAGUAAACCUCCAUGACUAAUAUACAACCUGGACGGACGGACAGACGGAGGGAGAGAGAGAAGAAAAAUAAAUAAAGAAGAGCUUUCUUUUUUUGAACAGCCAGCUCUUUGGAGGGCAGUGAGUGCUUCACUUUGUCAGCCUCGGUCGGCAGGAGGUCAGCCUCGGUCAGGAGAGAGAGAUGAGUCAUGAGGGUAGUUCCCUCUGUUCCUGAGCGAGGGUGGGGGUGAACUUUGCCCGAUAAAUCAUCUGGUUUAGCUUUCGCAAUUCACGUCUGUAAUAUAUAUUGCAGUUCAACUAUUUUGAAAGGGCCCUUUCAGGACCUCUCCUGGACAUAAUGUUGAAUAAAAUAAUAUUUGAACUUACUCUACCACAGGGAUCAUCAACUACAUUCAGCCGCGGGAUGAUUUUUUUUCUUGAGCGGUUGGUCGGGGGGCAAAAUUACAAAUCAUUUGUAGACUGCAAAUUGACCGCAAAAGCCCAAGCAGAUAUGUUUGACUAAAAUAUAAUAAUUUCAAACCUUGCUUACAUUUAAAAUCACUUGGAGCUGAUUUCCUGGUGUUUUUUUUUUACAGUCUUUUAUGUCCAACAAUGACAAUUCCACACAGAAAAUAUAAUAAUUUUUUGGCUCAGAACUUGGGGGGGCAAAUAAAACCACCCGUGAGGCAAAUUUGGUCCGGCAGUUGGGGAACCAACUGGUUGUCUGGGUGGUUGGUCCUUAUACCCUUGGGAAAUUUGAGACAAAAUAUCUAUAGGAAAGUAUUAUUAAUCAGACUUUUCAAAACUUUGGUAGUGCGUUCAUAUUCCUGCCUCCUGAAGCAUGCACACACGAUGUAAAUACAUGCAGGCGAUGCAUAGUAGCCCAGCUCGUGCAUGUUUACAUGGUUUUGUGCAUGCUUCAGGUGAUACCGGUUGUUUAUCGGGCAAGGGUGACCUGUACUGACAACUGGAAGUUAUCUCAUUGAUGCUUAUCCGUCCUUGAGACUUGGCUAUUUUAUGUUGUUCAGGACAGGAUAUUCGAUGUUUGUACGAGAUUGGAUCUGUCUGAGGUGGCAGGUAGCCUAGUGGUUAAGAGCGUUGGGCCAGUAACCAAAAGGUCACUGGUUCAAAUCCCCGAGCCAACUAGAUGUCUGGUUAGACUGUAAACUCAACUUCCAGACUCACAUAAAGAAUCUCCAAUCCAAAGUUAAAUCUAGAAUCGGCUUCCUAUUUCGCAACAAAGCCUCCUUCACUCAUGCUGCCAAACAUGCCCUCGUAAAACUGACUAUCCUACCGAUCCUUGACUUCGGCGAUGUCAUUUACAAAAUAGCCUCCAACACUCUACUCAGCAAAUUGGAUGUAGUCUAUCACAGUGCCAUCCGUUUUGUCUCCAAAGCCCCAUACACUACCCACCACCACUGUGACCUGUACGCUCUUGUUGGCUGGUCCUCACUACAUGUUCGUCGUCAAACCCACUGGCUCCAGGCCAUCUAUAAAUCACUGCUAGGCAAAUCCCCGCCUUAUCUUAGCUCAUUGGUCACCAUAGCAGCACCCACCCGUAGUCUGCGCUCCAGCAGGUAUAUCUCACUGGUCAUUCCCAAAGCCAACACCUCCUUUGGCCGCCAUUCCUUCCAGUUCUCUGCUGCCAAUGACUGGAACGAAUUGCAAAAAUCUCUGAAGCUGGAGACUCUUAUCUCCCUCAAUAACUUUAAGCAUCAGUUGUCAGAGCACCUUACCGAUCACUGCACCUGUACACAGCCCAUCUGAAAUUAGCCCACCCAACUACCUCAUCCCUAUAUUGUUAUUUAUUUUGCUCUUUUGCACCCCAGUAUCUCUAUUUGCACAUAAUCUCUUGCACAUCUAGCAUUCCAGUGUUAAUACUAUUGUAAUUAUUCUGCACUAUAGCCUAUUUACUGCCUUACCUCCAUAACUUGCUACAUUUGCACACACUGUAUAUAUAUUUUCUGUUGUAUUUCUGACUUUAUGUUUUUUUACCCCAUAUGUAACUCUGUGUUGUUGUGUUUUUUUUAUUGCACUACUAUGCUUUAUCUUGGCCAGGUCGCAGUUGUAAAUGAGAACCUGUUCUCAACUGGCUUACCUGGUUAAAUAAAGGUGAAAUAAAAAUAAAAUAAAAAGGUAUAAAAUCUGUUUGUGCUUAAUCCUAAUUGCUCUUGUAAGUGGCUCUGGAUAAGAGCGUCUGCUAAAUGACUCAAAUGUCUGGCUGUCUCAAAGAUCUGUCCUCUCCUCUGAACUGAAAGAACUGACCAGCUGAAUUAUGAGUUUAUUUUCACCUGUCAAGUCAUUUUCCAAUCAGUGCAGAAGAAGGGAAGGUGAGGUCAGAUUUUUAAGCACUAGACAUUUCUGUUCUUUUCAUACAGGGUUUGGAGUCUAGCUUCCAAUGGAAAGAUGGGGCUGGUGCAGUGGUUCCUAUGACACCUGCUGAGCAUCAACUAUAUCUUUAUUAUAUCUAAUAAACUCCUCUCCGCUCAUUUCCUUUCCUCUCAUUUCCUCCCCUGUAGAUGGGUCUGGUACAGUGGUUGAAGGGCACGUUCUUGUGUCACCUGAUCAUCUGCUAUGGGUUCUUGGUCAGCGGUCUCCUGGUCAACCUAUUACAGAUCUGCACUCUGCCCCUCUGGCCAAUCAACAAGCAGCUGGCCCGGCGGAUCAACUGUAAACUGGGAUACUCCAUCACCAGCCGUGAGUAGGAUCUAGUCUACUGUAACAUACUCUACAGCAGCAGGACUAUUGGCCUUCUUUAAGCCAGGAAUACAAACUGAAUAUCGCUCUCUUUCGCUAUUGUUUGACUUAACUGAUGCUGUAGGGCUAUACGCUCUCUAAUGUCGUGCAAUAACUGAAAUGUAAAGUUACUGUAGCUGCUGACACAGUGGUCUGUUAUUUACACUCUGUUAGGCUAGGUUAUGCUAUGUUGUGUUAGUGCUAUGUUAUGUUAAUGAUAUUUUAAUGAUAUGUUAUGUUCCCCAGAGUCUGUGGCUCUCCUAGAGUGGUGGUCUGGCACUGAAGUAACAUUCUACACAGACCCAGAGAACUGCCAACUCUACGGCAAAGAGAACGCCAUCGUCGUCCUUAACCACAACUUUGAAAUAGACUUUCUGUGUGGCUGGACCUUCUGUGACAGAUUCGGUGUCCUUGGGGUAAGAGAACAGGGAUAUCAAUUCCUCUCAUCCUCUCUCAUCGCCUCGUUCUCAAAACGCAUUGGAGGAGAAAUUCCAAGGGGAGGGACCUUGGAAUUUCUCCUCCAAUACCGUUGAGAAGGAGACGAGGAAGGUGGGAAGCAAGGAAUUGCAGAAAGACUGAGAAGAGACUAAGAUUUUCAGUAGUUGUUUGAUGCCUUCUGUAGUCAAACACAUUAACAAUCUUUCCCUUUCCAGGCCUCCAAAUGUUUAGCCAAGAAAGAGUUGUCAUACCUGCCUGUGAUUGGCUGGAUGUGGUACUUCCUGGAGAUGGUGUUUAUUAAGAGGAAGUGGGAGGAGGAUGAGAGGAGCUUUGUCCAGAGUCUUCAGAACCUACGGGAUUACCCCAAGAAAUUCUGGGUGAGCCUCGAACACAAUCAAUUAAGUUCAAUCAAUCAGUAAUGACACUUAAUAGUCAAAAGUUGACUGUGCAUGUAUAGUUCAUGAAAGGACGUGACAGGUCUUUUUAAACUCCUUAUUCCAAACUUUCUUUGCAACUAUGUAAACAUGCGUAUGAAGUAUGGUUGUUCAUCUAUAAGAUUGUAUUGAUAUUGUCUCGAUUGAUGUAAUCAAUAUUAUGUCACAAGUCUAAGAAGGAUAACGUGAGAAUAUAAUGAUACUCACCUUGUAAACAUGAGUAUGCAGGUUGGUUGGUCAAUCAAAACACAGCAAUGACCCUACAGUGAAUCUCUAACUGUGUGCCAGUUCCUGCUCCACUGUGAGGGAACACGCUUCACAGAGGAGAAGCAUCGGAUCAGUAUGGAGGUGGCAGAGAAGAAAGGUCUGCCUAAACUCAAACACCACCUCCUGCCCAGGACCAAGGGCUUCUGGGUAGCCGUCCAGAACCUCAGAGGGACAGGUACGGAACCCUGGGGAGCUCCAGAAUGACCAAAUGCUACACAUGUCAUGACUUAUGAGUGUAUAUCUACGUAUUAUUUAGGAUAUUUUGGAUGAAGACUGAUGCCAUUGAACUUUUGACAACUUCAUGUUUUUGUCUCUGUAACCCCUUCAGUUGCUGCAGUGUACUGUUGUACACUAAAUUUCAGAAACAACGAAACUCCAACCUUGCUGGGAGUUAUCAAUGGGAAAAAAUAUCAUCCAGAUUUAUACAUAAGGUAUAUAAUAAUAAUUAAUUUCAGCCUGCAUGGGAUGGCCAUUGGUUAGAGGCUAAACUCACUGAUCUCAAGGUCCAUAUACAGUGGGGAAAAAAUUUAUUUAGUCAGCCACCAAUUGUGCAAGUUCUCCCACUUAAAAAGAUGAGAGAGGCCUGUAAUUUUCAUCAUAGGUACACGUCAACUAUGACAGACAAAAUGAGGGAAAAAAAUCCAGAAAAUCACAUUGUAGGGUUUUUAAUGAAUUUAUUUGCAAAUUAUGGUGGAAAAUAAGUAUUUGGUCAAUAACAAAAGUUUCUCAAUACUUUGUUAUAUACCCUUUGUUGGCAAUGACACAGGUCAAACGUUUUCUGUAAGUCUUCACAAGGUUUUCACACACUGUUGCUGGUAUUUUGGCCCAUUCCUCCAUGCAGAUCUCCUCUAGAGCAGUGAUGUUUUGGGGCUGUCGCUGGGCAACACGGACUUUCAACUCCCUCCAAAGAUUUUCUAUGGGGUUGAGAUCUGGAGACUGGCUAGGCCACUCCAGGACCUUGAAAUGCUUCUUACGAAGCCACUCCUUCGUUGCCCAGGCAGUGUGUUUGGGAUCAUUUUCAUGCUGAAAGACCCAGCCACGUUUCAUCUUCAAUGCCCUUGCUGAUGGAAGGAGGUUUUCACUCAAAAUCUCACGAUACAUGGCCCCUUUCAUUCUUUCCUUUACACGGAUCAGUCGUCCUGGUCCCUUUGCAGAAAAACAGCCCCAAAGCAUGAUGUUUCCACCCCCAUGCUUCACAGUAGGUAUGGUGUUCUUUGGAUGCAACUCCGCAUUCUUUGUCCUCCAAACACGACGAGUUGAGUUUUUACCAAAAAGUUAUAUUUUGGUUUCAUCUGACCAUAUGACAUUCUCCCAAUCCUCUUCUGGAUCAUCCAAAUGCACUCUAGCAAACUUCAGACGGGCCUGGACAUGUACUGGCUUAAGCAGGGGGACACGUCUUGCACUGCAGGAUUUGAGUCCCUGGCGGCGUAGUGUGUUACUGAUGGUAGGCUUUGUUACUUUGGUCCCAGCUCUCUGCAGGUCAUUCACUAGGUCCCCCCGUGUGGUUCUGGGAUUUUUGCUCACCGUUCUUGUGAUCAUUUUGACCCCACAGGGUGAGAUCUUGCGUGGAGCCCCAGAUCGAGGGAGAUUAUCAGUGGUCUUGUAUGUCUUCCAUUUCCUAAUAAUUGCUCCCACAGUUGCUUUCUUCAAACCAAGCUGCUUACCUAUUGCAGAUUCAGUCUUCCCAGCCUGGUGCAGGUCUACAAUUUUGUUUCUGGUGUCCUUUGACAGCUCUUUGGUCUUGGCCAUAGUGGAGUUUGGAGUGUGACUGUUUGAGGUUGUGGACAGGUGUCUUUUAUACUGAUAACAAGUUCAAACAGGUGCCAUUAAUACAGGUAACGAGUGGAGGACAGAGGAGCCUCUUAAAGAAGAAGUUACAGGUCUGUGAGAGCCAGAAAUCUUGCUUGUUUGUAGGUGACCAAAUACUUAUUUUCCACCCAUAAUUUGCAAAUAAAUUCAUUAAAAAUCCUACAAUGUGAUUUUCUGGAUUUUUUUAUUCUCAAUUUGUCUGUCAUAGUUGACGUGUACCUAUGAUGCAAAUUACAGGCCUCUCUCAUCUUUUUAAGUGGGAGAACUUGCACAAUUGGUGGCUGACUAAAUACUUUUUUCCCCCACUGUAUUGGCUUAUUGGACUUAUACUGAACAAAAAUAUAAACGCAACAAUUUCAAAGAUUUUACUGAGGUACAGUUCAUAUAAGGAAUUAAGUCAAUUGAAAUAAAUUCAUUAGGCCCUAAUCUAUGGAUUUCACAUGACUGGGAACACAUAUGCAUCUGUUUUUCACAGAUACCUUAAAAAAUGGAUCAGAAAACCAGUCAGUAUCUGUCUGGUGUGACCUCCAUUUUCAUCAUGCAGCCCGACACAUCUCCUUCGUGUAGAGUUUAUCAGGCUGUUGUUUGUGGAAUGUUUUCCCACUCCUCUUCAAUGGCUGUGCGAAGUUGCUGGAUAUUGGCGGGAACUGGAAUACGCUGUCAUACAUGUAGAUCCAGAGCAUCCCAAACAUGCUCAAUAGGUGACAUGUCUGGUGAGUAUGCAGGCCAUGGAAGAACUGGGACAUUUUCAGCUUCCAGGAAUUGUGCACAGAUCCUUGCGACAUGGGGCCGUGCAUUAUCAUGCUGAAACAUGAGGUGAUGGCGCCAGAUUAAUGGCACGACAAUGGGCCUCAGGAUCUCGUCACGGUAUCUCUGUGCAUUCAAAUUGCCAUCGAUAAAAUGUAAUUGUGUUCGUUGUCCAUAGCUUAUGCCUGUCUAUACCAUAACCCCACUGCCACCAUGGGGCACUCUGUUCACAAUGUUGACAUCAGCAAACCGCUCGCCCACACAACGCCAUACAUGUGGUCUGCGGUUGUGAGACCGGUUGGACAUACUGCCAAAUUCUCUAAAACUACGUUGGAGGCUGCUUAUGGUAGAGAAAUAAACAUUACAUUCUCUGGCAACAGCUCUGGUGGAAAUUCCUGCAGUCAGCAUGCCAAUUGCACUCUCCCUCAACUUAAGACAUCUGUGGAAUUGUGUUGUGUGACAAAACUGCAAAUUUUAGAGUGGCCUUUUAUUGUCCCCAGCACAAGGUGCACCUGUGUAAUAAUCAUGCUGUUUAAUCAGCUUAUUGAUAUGCCACACAUGUCAGGUGGAUGGAUUAUCUCGGCAAAGGAGAAAUGUUCACUAACAGGGAUGUAAACAAAUGUGUGCAUAACAUUUUAGAGAAACACGUUUUUUGUGCGUAUGGAACAUUUCUGGGAUCUUUUAUUUCAGCUCACUUUACAUGUUGCGUUUAUAUUUUUGUUCAGUGUAUUUUACUGGACCAUAAAGUUCUAUGGAAUUGAAUUGGACAGCUGAAAGAAAUGCUUUCCCCUUCUGCCUCCCUGUCUCUAGGAGAAUCCCUCUGGAAUCCGUACCAGAAGAUGAGGCUGAAUGUUCUGUCUGGCUGCACAAACUCUACCAGGAGAAGGUAGUGUUAUAAUUGGGGAGUGGGAUCACACUAUGGACCAGAUUUACUAACUAAGCAUUUGCACAAGGUGCAGAGUUUGUAUCUAUUUGUUCACUAUGGACUAAACCGACAAAGCUAAAAGCUAUAACUCUCUUCAUUUAAACUAGUUUAAUGUCAAUACCUACUCUUCACCUUACAUUAUAACUUUGUUCUGUCCCCAAUGUUUAAUUCACAAACAUUGCACCAAACACUUUCAGAUAAAAUGGCACUUUGGCCCCUGUUAGUUUAUUGUUAUUUAUUUUAUUAUUAUAGUGUCAUGCAUCUUUAAGGAUGCCCAGACUACAUGGAUUAGAUUAGAUAGUACUUUAAGGAGAGCUUUCUUUUUUGAACAGCCAGCUCUUUGGAGUGCAGUAAGUGCCAAGGACAAAGCUAAAAGCUCAAACUCGCUUCAUUUACACUUUAUAUUAUGUAAAAACUGUGUUGUUCCAUGAAAAGAGUGCCUUUUUGGACUAUGCUCCCUUUGAUAUUUUAAGUGGAAAUUGUGCACCAAUAUUGAAUUUUAAAAAGCAUGUUCAAUUAAAUGAAGUGCCCUUUAAUAUAGACCACAUGGCAAAUUCAGUAAAUAUGAUUUUUAAUAUUAAAAAAGGCUUGCUAAAGUGCCAAAAUUCAGCAUUUACAUCUGUCCUUCAUUUUAAGGUCAACCCUGUUAAGUGAACUGAAUUCUCGCUUUAAUAUGGUGAAACCAUUCCUUAAUUUUUUUUUAAACAAAAAUUCUAAAGAAAAAUUGAACAUCUAAUAGUCAAAUCAUAGUGUAAAAGCAGAUAAGCUGAUUCUACUCUUUUUGGCCAUUGUCUGGUGUUUUGUGGUGGAAAACUGAGCGGGUUGAGCAUAACACGUCAACCCUGUUACCCAUAGAUAGACGGGCUAGAAAUGUUUUAACAAUUCAUUUCAUUCAAUUGCCACUCCCUGUUGCACACAACAAGCUUCCAUUCCCCCUGUCACAAGGGGAUUUAUGGCUGAUUUAAGAAGAAAUCGUCAACCAUGUUACGGUCAACCCUGUUACUUUAUUUGGCACUUAAUAGACACAAUAUUAAUUUUUGUAUAUAAACCUCUUGAGAUGGGAAACGUGUUUUUUAUGAAUUUGAACAUGUGCUCUUAAAAUUGUUAAAUAAUAUGUUUUACAAAUGGACCAAAUUACGACCCACCUACUCUUCACAUUAUACAUUUGUUCACUUGCACAAUCUGUAAAAUCUACCCUUGGCCCAUUAGAUUAGAUGGACCAAAUUACGACCCACCUACUCUUCACAUUAUAACUUUGUUCACUUGCACAAUCUGUGAAAUCUACCCUUGGCCCAUUAGAUUAGAUAGUACUAAAUUGCACUGCGUUAAAAAGAGAUCCACAAAAAAAAUGAUAUGAUAUAGACAUACUAUAUCAGACAUACAAAAAAAUAGCUUUAAGGACUUUGACCCCUCCCUUCCGACUUUCUUGUGGUCAUGGCUGUGAAGCUAUUGGACUAUGCUCCUGUUUUUACAGGUAACUGAUGUGCGCAUGUAUUGUGGUUCUAGGACCAGUUCCAGGAGGACUACAGCCAGACAGGGUGUUUCCCAGGCCCUGUAAUCACCCCACCACGUGGGCCCUGGGCCCUGAUCAACUGGCUAGGCUGGACCUGCCUUCUCCUAUACCCCCUCUGCCUCCUCCUGGUCCAGCUGGUCAACUAUGGGUCUAUUCUCACCAUAUUGGCCACUGUGGCCUUCUGCUCUGCAGGUGGGUCUUAUUGGUAUAUAUUUCAGGGGUCAUCAACUAGUGGCCCCCGAGCCAAAUCCGGCCCUCGAGACGACCUAAUGUGGCCUGCCAAGGUUAUUCAAGUACACUAUAGAGGGCUUGCAGUUGUGUCACAAAUCACCUAGCAACCUCACCAAGCGCCAUGUUGGAAGACCUCCAAUCAUCCACAUGGCUGGCUGCGUUUUGCUACCACCAGAAACUUCGGGAAGAUUGCCCGUUAUUUCGUUUUUCUAAGGACCCAAAAAAUGGAGGCAGUGGGAGAACCUAUUCAAGUAAGUAAAUAUAUUUUGAAAGUGAUAAAAAACUAUGUAUUAUUAUUAGCUAGCUAGCUUGCUACAGAAACUUAGUGUGCAGGCUAACUCAAAUGAGCUGCUAACAAAUUGUUCACUAGUUAGCGAACUUUACAUACUGUGUAGCAAGCUAUGUGAAUUAAAUAUCACCAGCUUGCUAACUUCAUAUUAACUAGUUAGCUAUCUUGAUGUAUUUAUCGUUGUAACUCCAAAUGCAUUUGUAGCUAGGUAGCUAGCUAGCUGAAAGGAUUAGCUAGCACUUCCAGCUGUCAGAGAAGGGAGAGUAGGCUACUCUGGAUAGGGCAGGUACCUUUGUGGGAGGAUAUUAUGAAACUAUUCCCUAGUCCCUAGUGAGAAAAACUGAGGAAAGAUAUAUAUAUAUAUAUAUAUAUAUAGCAACAUAAUAUUCAGGGGUGUCUAACUUGAGUAUAAUGCAGCCUGUUUCUUUGAUGUUUUCUGUCCUCAGCUACAGAGAGCUGUGAAACCCUGUCUGCAGAUGAAGAGGUCCCAAUGAAUGUCCCAAGAGAGCAAGGGUACAUCCUUGUAUGCCAUGGAGUGUACUUACCGUAUGUUAGCACAUUGUGUGAACAAAAGUACAGUUUAAAAGUCACACAAUGUAUAAACCUAUUACAAAUGGAGCAGGCCAACCCUGCUGGCUGUGCAGGCUUCUGUUCCAGCCCAGCACUAACACACCUGAUUUAAAUUAAUCAAACAUAAUUAGUUAAUAAUCAAGUGUGCUAUUACUGGGCUGGAACAGAAGUCUGCUCCACCCAUAGAUCAGGGAUCAGUGGAGGCUGCUGAGGGGAGGACGGCUCAUAAUAAUGGUUGGAACUGAGCGAAUGGAAUGGCAUCAAACACAUGGAAACCAUGUGUUUGGUGUAUUUGAUACCAUUCCACUAAUGCCGCUCCAGCCAUUACCACAAGACUGUUCUCCCCAAUGAAAGUGCCACCAACAUCCUGUGCAGUUGAGCGAGGUUGGCCACCUCUGGUAUUUACUUUUUUUUGUUCACCUGACAUUGUUUUAGUAAUAAUAGCCUACUUGUUACUAAAAUGUCUAACCUUUACAUAUGAGUUAACUUCAAAGAAUCAACACUUUCAUAUAAUUUCAAAGUGUACAAGUAAGCUAAGUGAUUAAACUUGUUUUAAUUAACUUAACACUAGUUCAUCUUGAAUAAUAGUUAAUGUUGAUUCAUCACAGAUCACAAUCCUGCAAUAAAGAGGGGAAGGGAAUCGGUCUUUAAUUUAUGUGUUCCUGUGUUGUAUUUUCAAAUGAACAUGACCUUUUUGUUCAGUCAUAAGCUCUCCAAUUAGUUGUAUUUGAUUGUCACUAUUUUUUCAGGAUAUCAGCCAUGUGUUCCCAUUUUGCAGCUGAUAAUGGUAUGCAAUGCCAAUGUAGCCGUAGACCUACAGCAGUGGUUCCCAACUCCAGUCCUCCAGUACCCACAACAGCACAUUGUUGUAGCCCAGGACAAACAUACCUGAUUCAACUCAGAGGGCCAGAUGAUUAGUUGACAAGUUGAAUCAGGUGUGUUUGUCCACGGCUACAAUAAACUGUACUGUUGGGGGUACUGGAGGACCGGAGUUGGGAACCACUGGCUUACAGCAUGAUGGCAUUAGCCUUAUGUGGGGCGGCAGGUAGCUUAGUGGUUAAGAGCGUUGUGCCAGUAACCGAAAGGUCGCUGGUUCUAAUCCCCGAGCCGACUAGGGCUGUUUACAUAUUGUUCAGCUAUAUGUUCUCAAUUUAAAAACGAUACCAGUAAACAAUGUAUAUGAGGCUAAUCAUUAUACUAGAUUUUGUACAUGCCUUGUGCUGACAUGAAAUGUUUUGGUUCAAAUCCAACCCAUGUAAUCUAGGUGGUGAAAUGUCUGGAAGCAGGAGAGGGUAUCCUUAGCUUAAAACAUACUCACAACUACUACUACCAUGUCCAAUGCCAGAUACUUUUCUCCCAGGUCUGACUGGCACUUGGAGGUGGCUCUGUGAUAAUGAAGAUGGUUUACCUAAGACUACCACACCAAUUACAUUGUCUAUGCUAAAUGUGUUUAAAUUGUAAAGAAAUAAAAUAGUUGGGCUAUAAGAAAUACUUUUUAUUCAAUGGGGCUAGUCAAAGCAGAGAUUACACAAUACUUUUCAUUUCACUCAUACAACAAUAUAGCCUAUUAAAGUACAGUAUGUUUAUAAUAUCAUAAACAAUAGUAUUUUACACGUUACAAAUUACAUUUUAUAUAUUAAUAUGGUUUAAGGGGGCACUUUUGUCAUGACGACAAGGUGAAGGUGCUCUACUCAAAUGGCACAACAUAAUCAUUCAGAUUGACCAAAGCACAGCAUAUAACAACCAUCUUGUAUAACUGAGGGAUAUCUCCUUUCAUAUCUGGAAAAGGACAAAGUAGUAGAAGCUGAUGCUGCUGCAGCAUUGCUCAUCUUCAGUGGGAAUCCAGUCCACAUGGGUGUCUUCAGAGGUCAGCUGGUGAACCUACAGUACAUAAACAAAUGAAAAGCACCUGAUAGAAUAUCACUCCUUCAGGUCACCUAUACCAUCACGGCUCUUGAUUGUUUGGUUGUGUUUAAUUCAUUCAGGUGUUUUAGUGUCUCAAAGACUAAAUCCCCUGUAGCUCAGUUGGUAAAGCAUGGCGCUUGCAACGCCAGGGUUGUGGGUUCGUUUCCCACGGGGGGCCAGUAUGAAAAUGUAUGCACUCACUAACUGUAAGAUGCUCUGGAUAAGAGCGUCUGCUAAAUUACUAAAAUGUAAAUCAAUUGGAGGGCUGGAAUAACCAAUAGUCAGGUUGUCCUAUCACAUUGAGUCCUUUGUCCUAUGCUGUAAUGUCCGUACAUUUACCCUCUUGUGAAUAAAGUUCUCAAUAUGUUAUCAUUGGGUUAUCAUAUGAUAAUCACUGGCUAUAUGGACAUCAUAUUGUACAAUUUGUGUCUCCCCUUUUCAUGGUCCUGGCUAGAAGGGACCCAGCUAUUGUCAAAUUAAUGUCAUAUUUGACAUUUCGUAGCAGAUUAGAAUUUAGGCAGCAGGUUAUGAGAAUUCGGUUAUGGUUAGGGUUAGUUAAAAUUCAAAAACAAUACUUUGGACAAUUUGACAAAAGCUGGAUCCCUUUUAGCCAGGACCCCUUUUUCAUUGGCCUAGAUUACAUGGUUGCAUUCAAGACAAGGUCGUUUUUAUUGAUCUGUUGUCAGUGUUGGUAGAGUAGGCCUAGGCUACCAUCGUAGCAAAAAAAUAUUCUGCUAAUUUCUCCAGUCGACUGUGGUAUUUUGGACGCAGUAAUUGCAGAAUAACUGCAGUGUUCAACUGCAGUUAUACUGCACUGCAAAAUUACUGCAGUGUUAUUUUGGACGCAGUAUUUGCAGCAUAUUUUCGCUAUUUUUUCGUAAGGGCAAUCAUAUAUAGUGUAGUAGAAUUGCAUGAAAUGUUUAUCAAAUGCCACAUUUUUACCGUGCAAAGGAAACAUCUCUGAUAUAGCCUAUAAACGUAUGCGCUUAUUAAGCCUAAAUGAUCUCAAUCCAUCACAUCAGGAAUAGUAGGCUUUCAUUAGUCUGCUAUGAGAUGAUAGAGGCAAUCCUUUGUUAUAAAGGUGCAUUUUUAUGGUGAAAAAUGGCUUCCCCAAAAUGUUAAACUCACGUGACACAUGCUAAUUGCUAGACUACAAGCUAUCUAGCUAGCUAAUUGUCUAACUUAGUGUUGUUGUUAACACCUGGUUAGCAUAACAGCUAAACUAAACAAGAAAAUCAGUCUUGAUUUACCAGUGAUGAAAUUAUCGGAGCAGACCCUGUACUGACAGCUGUCUGGGUUCAGGUCUUGAUAGAGCAGACCCUGUACUGACAGUUGUCUGGGUUCAGGUCUUGAUAGAGCAGACCCUGUACUGACAGCUGUCUGGGUUCAGGUCUUGAUAGAGCAGACCCUGUACUGACAGCUGUCUGGGUUCAGGUCUUGAUAGAGCAGACCCUGUACUGACAGCUGGUUCAGGUCUUGAUAGAGCAGACCCUGUACUGACAGCUGUCUGGGUUCAGGUCUUGCUAGAGCAGACCCUGUACUGACAGCUGGUUCAGGUCUUGAUAGAGCAGACCCUGUACUGACAGCUGUCUGGGUUCAGGUCUUGAUGGGCAAAAAGGUUUCGUCGCUUUUCUGACAGUUCUUGAGUCUUAUCUCAUUGGUGUCACCAAUGGUGUUUCAUGAUUGCGGCAAAUCUGUAAACAUAUUUUUUUUCCCCCCGUUGUCUUUCCUGCCUUGUUAGAGCAGCCAAAUACUCUACAGAAACUGACUGUGGUGAUUAAUCAACUAGUUUUAGGCACUAUUAUGCCGUUUUGGGUAGCCACUCUGCUGAUGUCAGAAUAAUUAAUGCAGUGGUCUUCCAACAUGGCCGCCAGGAGGCGUCGUAUGUCAGCUGCAAGCCCUCUGUUGUUUUUUUGAAUUUUGUUCCAAAACUCACCUUCAACCAGGACAACUUUGUGACUAAUAACUCUAAAAGGUCUAUUUGUUGGUACAUUCUCCUUAAUCAUAGCCAUUGUUUACCAUCUAUUCUUCCAAGUCGCAUCCAAGUAUGAAACUGAUCAACAGCAAGAAAUUAUUGUUCCUUCCUCUUGGAAAGUACUGAAUAAUAUUGCAUGCCUUGUCAUGCCAUCGCAUGACUGGAAUGCCAUUGGAUGGUAUCUCUUACAUGAUAGUAUUGGCCCUUAUCCCUUAUAAAUUACAUAAUCCUGUUGGCACAAAUCAUACGGUUGAGAAACUUGGUCAAACAUUUCCACUGGAUGCUGUAACCACAGACUUCAUAAUAAGAGCCUCAGCAUACAGUAUGUUCAUCUCUUUCCUCUCCAUUCCAUUCUCAGUGUCAGUUGGUGUGCGCUGGAUGAUUGGACAGACUGAGAUUAAGAGAAGCUCCAGCUAUGGGGUCCCACUUAACAACUGAGGAGAUGACCUUACAACUUCAAGAUCCUUGCCAGCUCCCAGGGAUCACUCAGAUUACCAUCCUGAUCACUACAGCAGUUAACCUCCAGCAGAUAACUCAUUCCAAAGAAAGAAUUGGUUGCUGGUCAGAGAUAGCAUUGCAGUCAACUCAAGUACGACAAGACAGUUGGGCAGGUGCUUCAGACUUUUCGAAGGCACACCUUUUCUGCUAAUGGCAGUCUAAUGUGGUAGUCUUCCUCUUGUCGAUACAUGGGAAUGUACUGCACCUACAUAAAGCACAGAUAGUGUCUUUGGA